AUGUUUCGUAGGGGCGUCUCGUCUGCCAUACAUUAUCUGGACGAUUUUCUCUUUUGCGGGGCAGCCGGUUCCGGGAAGUGCGCACAAAACCUGGCAUCUGCCCUUACCACGUGUCGGGAUCUGGGUGUGCCCGUAGCAGAGCAUAAGACUCAAGGCCCGAGUACAGUAUUGACGUUCUUGGGCAUUAAAAUUGACACCGUGCACAUGCAGCUUCCUCUGCCAUCAGAGAAGCUGUCGCGCUUGCAUGACGUACUAUUGCGUUGGUCGACUCGUCGGGGAGGGACCAAGAGGGAACUCUUGUCUCUGAUCGGAAGCCUUCACCAUGCGUGUACGGUGAUCAAACCGGGUCGAGCAUUUCUUCGCCGUUUAAUCGAGUUGUUCAAGGCUCCUAAGGCGCUCCAUCAUUUUGUUUGCUUAAACAAGGAAGCGCGUGCAGACAUAUUGUGGUGGGCAGAGUUUGCCAGUCGGUGGAACGGUAUCGGUUUGUUGUCGGCCCUAGGCAAGGUGCGUCCCACGGUGUGCUUGGAGUCAGACGCCUCGGGUGGCUGGGGCUGCGGCGCGGUUUGGCAGCACCGGUGGCUUCAGUUGAAGUGGGGACCGGGUACAGAGCGUUUGGGCAUAGCGGCAAAAGAAACUAUCUCGGUGGUCUUAGCGGCAGUCUGUUGGGGACGCAGCUGGACAAGCAAGCACGUUCUGUUUAGGGUGGACAACAGCACGGUGGUGUCCGCACUGUGUUCAGGAUCCUGUCGGGAUUAG